AUGGACACUAGAAACAGGACAGAAGUGACUGAAUUUGUCUUGUUGGGCUUGUCCAGCUGGCCAGAAGUACAGCCAGUUAUUUUUGGUAUUGUCCUAGCCAUGUACCUGGUUGCAGUUAUGGGCAACAUGCUAUUAGUAAUUGUUGCUCACUCAGACCCCAAGCUUCAGACCCCUAUGUAUUUCCUGCUCAGCCAGCUUUCUUUUAUUGACAUAUUUCUGACAACCAUUACUGUUCCUCAGAUGCUGGUGCACACACUCUCUGUGCAUCGAACCAUCUCAUAUAACUGCUGCAUAAUCCAGUUGUUCUUCUUCAUGGCUGUGGGUAGCAUGGAAGGCCACUUGCUAGCUGCCAUGGCUUAUGACCGCUACAUUGCCAUCUGUGACCCCUUAAGAUACUUCACUAUUGUCACCCAUCGCCUCUGUCUGCGCAUAACAUUGACUUCAUGGGUAGUUGUCAGCCUCAACAGCCUCCUUUAUAGUGUGUUGGUCACCCGCUUAACCUUCUGUGGCAACCAGGUUACUCACUUCUUCUGUGACAUCACUCCCCUGCUGCAGCUCUCCUGCACCAGGCCAGUGGUCAAUGAGAUGCUAAUAUUCACUGAAGGUGUGGCUGUGGUGGUCAGCCCCUUCUUCUUCAUUUUGAGUUCCUAUGCCCGCAUUGGUGUUGCUGUAGCCCGCAUGCACUCAGUCGCUGCCCUGCGCAAAGCUCUGUCCACUUGUAGCUCCCACAUCCUGGUUGUGCUACUCCUGUAUGGCUCUGUGAUCCGCAUGUACCUCCGACCAUCCUCCAGCUAUGACUUGGACCAGGAUCGGCAAGUCGCCAUCUUCUACACAGUAGUUACCCCUAUGCUAAAUCCACUGAUCUAUAGCCUCAGGAACCAGGAGGUUAAAGGAGCUCUUCGAAGGCUUUUGAGGAAAUACUAUGUCUCAAGAAACUUCUAG